AUGCGUCUGACCUCUGUCCUUCCCGGGUUCCUAGCCUGCGCCUCAGCCGCCUCCAUCCCCCGCCAAGCCGACCCCUCGUCCUGGAGCAUCACAAACUUCUUCGCAUCCGGCGCCCGCUUCAGCAUCACCACUACAUACAGCUUCGAUAUCACCGACGGUACCACCUCCACCUACUGCGUAGCCCUAAUCUCGACCACGCCUGACAUCGGCUACGCUCCGCUCACGGAAUGCGCCGAUUCGACGUACUCGUUUUCCUUCGGCCUCCCCCCUUACAACGAGACGGAUCCCGGGUACAACCUGCAGGUCUGGCAGGCGGAUCCGAACGACGCUUCUUGCGGAGCCGCAGGGACGCAGUGUGUGUACACAGGCAUCAAGUUCUUUCCGGCAAGUGACGUGGAGACGGUUGUUGACCCGACGAACCCGAAUGGCAACUAUGAUCGGUUGAAUACGGCUCCGGAUUUCACGCUUGAGCGUACUGGGGUGCACAUUUGA